AAUACUGCGCAGUUUGUUAUACUAAACAGGACGACGUCCAAAGCAAGCAAAGCGAAAUAGUAUACAAAUUAACCGUUGAAAUGGAUCGUACCCUCGUGAAUGGUGAUAUUAGACCCUUGGUGAAAAUUUUAGAGGAGGACCCAGAAAUCUUCAACCGAAUUGAUACAGUCAUGACUGUAUUUGGCGUGCCCCCUGCUGAGAAAAUAACAAUGACGAAGCGAUACGACAUGGGGGUCUUGAGUGGAGGUGACUGUCUAACGAAAAUUUUGGAAAUUUGGAUAUCUAAAAAUGCUGACGCCACGUUUCUCAAGUUAAUCCAAAUUUUAAAAAACGCGUACUUCAUGUGUAGUGCAGGAAGGAUUCAAGAAAUAGACGCAAACCAUCUCUCCGUCUCUGCUCAUGGUGUAGAAGAAGCUCAUCGACGUACUAGAAUCUGGCCAAAAAACAUUCCAAAAAUUCCAAACUUUAUCGGACGGGAGGAUGAAUUGCGCCAACUCCACGACGAAUAUGACCGUCACCGCGACGAUGGGUAUCACCCCACGAUCGUGUACAUCCAUGGAAUAGGAGGCAUUGGAAAGACCUCCCUCGCAGUAAAAUUCUGUUACAAUAUUAUAAAGAAAUUCCCCCGUACCAACUGCGUCUUUCUCGACGUGGAAUCUAUUCAUGAGCGUUUAAUUCGUCAUAGAUCAGAUUUUGUUAGCGAACUGAAGGAAAGCGGUAUAGAAAUAGAGCCGGGCGACAAAAGCGUGGUGGACGUUGCGAACAAAAUUUUAAACAAAAUGGGACCCUCAAUUAUCCUAGUUUUAGAAAAUGCUAGCCCUGAUUGUACUCAUGUUUCAGACCUUUUAAGAGACAUCAUAAAUUGCCAGAAUUUUGAUAUGUUCGUGGUUGUCAACAGUCGUGGGAGUAAUUUUAGCUUCCCUGGUAAAUCCAUCGCUUUGAAUACAUUUUCUGAUGAGAAUGGCUGGGAAUACGCACAUUUUCUUCUUCCGAGAAAAAAUAAGGCUGAUAUUGUAGCCCUGUGCAAUAUAGUUGAUAACAUUCCACUCGCUAUCUCCACAGUUUUAGCUUGUUUUAAAAUGGAGAGGUGCGGAUCCUUGGUCCUAUUCAACAAAACAUUUAAAUCUGAUAUGGACAAAAGAAUCGCGUAUUACAGAACAUCACAGGUAGAUUCCACCUCGUACGAUGGCAAUAUUUACGCCGUUAUUGCUCAUACGCUUGAUCUUAUAACGAAGCAGGAUAGUGGCAUGCAUGUUAAAACAAUUUUGUCAUUUUUGAUUUGCUUAAGACCCACGAAAGUUAUGAGACGUGAAGAUCUUCAGAAUUUUUUUCUUGCCGUUGCUGAAGGCGUAGUAGAUCCGGAAAUUGAAUUUGACAAGGCAUUAGCUACUCUAGAAAAUUACUCCCUUUUCGUAAGUGAUUCCGACGAAACGAACUUAGUCAUGCAUGACGUUAUCUUCCAUGUCGUGCUGCAUCACUUUGGCUGGCACGUGGAAGAGGAUCAUCUCCUCUUCCACGUUCCACGUCAGGUAUUUCAACUUUUGGGAAAUAACUUCAGCAAAUUGUCACCAAGGAAUCAAGCAACUUUUGCUAUAUUCGUGUUAAAUAGAAUGAGAAAUAAUAAGUGUGUUGGUGUUUAUAGGUUUGGUUCACUUGUAAUUCAAAUGUAAUGGCUAAAAUUGGGAAUCAAUAAAGACGACCUUUUUUUGUGUGUGAAUAAUAUGGUGGACUUAUCAAAUAAAUAGGCAGGGAACAAACUGGGUUUACUAAUUUAAAAUUGAUGUGUUUACUUGGUCAAAUGGGGUUUAAGUUUAUACAUUAGAAUUAUUUCUGGUCAUAUGAAAGAAUAGCCAAUUGAGAGAAUACUGUUGACUGGUCGGAAGCUAAAUCAUGACUCCUCGAGGGAGAGCUCUGUCUUCUCAAAUUACAGAUUGGUACAAGGAAGGGAGCAAACAUGGCAUAUGAAAAUCAUGACAUAAGUACAUACACGUUUUACAUACUCAUGGUUAAACGUUAUUAACACCGCCCACCUUGUAAUAUCUCGUUACAAAAAUGAACCCGUAAAAUAGAGUUGAAAGACCAAAAAUUGAAAAUUGAUUGCAUGAUAAUUGUAUAAAAAAUAAUACAGUAAUGACGUAGUGACAAGCUUGACACCUCAACCUCAUUGCAGUCCGAUUCGAAUGUUCUUGCAUAACCGAACUGUCUAGGAGUUUAGUCCCACGCCGGAAUAUGGAACAUCGAAAUCAAACGUGCAGGUUCGGCGUUGGAGUCGUCUUGUAACUAGAAAAUAAGAAACUCAGUUAAAUGAAAUUAAAAGGAUGAAUUGUCAUUGCAUGGUAAAAUUGGACUUAGUUUAACAACAGGGCGUUUCAAUUCGGUUUUUGAUGUCUUUACGGUGACGACUCUGACUAGGCCGUCUGCGCCUGGAUGGACAUCGGUGACUCGAGCUAGUCUCCACUUGGCUGGGGGAAGAUCGUCGUCAUGAACAAGAACAAGGUCAUCUAUUUGCAAAUUGUUUCGUUUUUGCGCCCACUUAAAUCUUUGUUGUAGAGUCUGGAGAUAUUCGUUUCGCCAUCUCUUCCAGAAAUGCUGGGUCAUGUGCUGAAUAUGUUGCCACCUUGAUAAUCGGCUGGUGUUGAUUUGAGUGACGUCUGGGUCUGCGAUGGAGUUAAGUGGUCGUCCGAUGAGGAAAUGACCAGGGGUUAAGACUUGCAAGUCUCCUGGAUCUGGUGACAUUGCACAGAGAGGACGGGAAUUUAGGAUGGAUUCCAUUUGACAUAGAUGAUUCGCAUGUCAACUUCGUCAGCCUCUUCUACCGCCUUGUCCAUUUGGUCGUCUGUUGUUGUGAGCUCAAACAUCUUCUCGUUAAGGUCCUUAACCUUCGUGUCAAGCUUUUCCAUGGAGGUUAUAAGCUCGUCGACUUCAUCCAUUGUGAGGACCCUCGUCGGCGCUUCAUGCCUGUCGAUGGUUGCACUUAUUUUGGUGAGUUGACCUUUGUGGCCACCUCUCUUCUUCUCAAUAUUGUCCAUUGUCACAAAGUUUAUCACCAACAACUUAUAGCACUCACUCACUUAGUUUUUUAGGUAACAAUUAUCACUCGGUAAGUCACAGAGAUAACUGCCGGCGAUGUAAUUGCCGAUCCGGUUCGCGAGACCAAUAAAUAGAAUGAGAAAUAAUAAGUGUGUUGGUGUUUAUGGGUGGAAUGAUAACUUGUGUGUGAAUAAUAUGGUGGACUUAUCAAAUAAAUAGGCAGGGAACAAACUGGGUUUACUAAUUUAAAAUUGAUGUGUUUACUUGGUCAAAUGGGGUUUAAGUUUAUACAUUAGAAUUAUUUCUGAUCAUAUGAAAGAAUAGCCAAUUGAGAGUAUACUGUUGACUGGUCGGAAUCUAAAUCAUGACUCCUCGAGGGAGAGCUCUGUCUUCUCAAAUUACAGAUUGGUACAAGGAAGGGAGCAAACAUGGCAUAUGAAAAUCAUGACAUAAGUACAUACACGUUUUACAUACUCAUGGUUAAACGUUAUUAACACGUGUAUAUAUGGAAAUACCACUUUGCACAUGAUUAUAUAUUUAAGCCACAUUCGACAUUCACUCGCUGGAUAUUAUUGAAUGUUUGUCUGUCUUUGCCAAAUUUAAUAAAUGGGUAUGUUUAUCACGCGUGGAUGGGUAAUGAUAUGAAGUCAUUAGGUUUACUAUAUGUGUUGAUUAUAAUCCCUAUCACAAUACUGGGACUCUUUUUUUUAUCAUGGAUACAGAAAAGUUAUACUCUGGCUACGAGUUUAUUAGAUGAAUAUUUGAAAUAUUUCAAGUAUUCAGUUUUAUUUUCAGUUUUGUGUAUGGCGUGGUUAAUUUGGAAAUUGUUAAGAGUUGUCGAAAUCUUGGAAUAUCAUGACUCCGUAUAUCAUUGUGUGAACGCUAUAAUGGCAAAUAGUGUUGUAUUUGCUGCAAUUUGCCGAAUGUGGCUACACGUGGAUAACCGCAAUGAAUGGCAGAACUUAUCGAAGCGUGUCUAACUUAAGCGUAGCUUUGGGUAAUAGGAAUAAUACUAAUAAGUAUGUAUGGGAUACAGAUCUAAUUCUACUUAAUUUGGUAAAAAGUUGGUUUGUGACCAAAUAUAAUAUAUUAAUGUGGGAUGGUUAGAAUUGACAUAAUUAUGAAGGUGAAUAUGUGCAGUGGUAUUAUGUGUGCGUACGAACUUGAUAGUAGUUCCGAAACACUUUGAAGGUCAAGACCUGUGAAAUUAUUGCCCAACCGGUACGGUGACAUAUUUAUUGUUUGAAGCCACGCAUUGCACCUUGUACGGCGACACAUGGUUCUUCGGAAAGACGUAGUUUCGGUAGCUCUCUUACAAUGCGCUGGUGUGAAGUGUAACCCUCCGAUGUGUUUGAGAUUUCGAAAUUAUGUGGUCCAUGUCAAUACAACCAACGUUUCUUGAGGUACUUUGUGCGAUGGUGGGAAUUUGUCAAAACAUUUGAGGUCAAAUAAAAAAAUGUGCAAUUUUUACGGGAAGAGAAUGGAAUAGCCCCUCUGCCUAGUAGAAAUCAUCUGUUUUUCAACUUUGCCCUUAAAUAUCUUGACAAAUUCCGACCAUCUUAUAAACUGCCUGAAGAAACGAUGGUUUUCUUUACAUGGACCACCUAAUUUCAAAAUUUGAACCAAAUCGGAGGGCUACACUUCACACCAUCGCAUUGUAAGUGCAAAUGCUGUCAGUUUGAAUCAAAUGGUACGUAAAUGAAUACUAUUGUUAAACGUAAGUAACACGUUAAAUAUAACAGUGGCACAAAAUUAUUUAGAAUGUGUGCUGCAAACAAUUAUAUAGGUUUGUGUGUAAAGUUAUUGAUAGCUAAACUUAAUCUGUUAAAUAUGUAAGCUACGUCUACGACUUCUGUUUGGAAUAUGUACAUAUGUUUUAUGAAAUAAAUUUAUAAAGACGAGAAUCCAUCUAUUCCUGAAAGAUGUAUGCACUCUUAGAAACUCUUAGAAACCACGCGGUACAGUCACGUAUCAAUACCAACGGUAUCAAUACCAUCUAUAAUCAAUGGUGCGUGAUUUUUUUGUACCAAUACGAGGUAUAAUAAACUAAAUUUUUGUGCAAGGUUUAAAAAUUUUAAAGGAAACGGGUUAAUUUUUUGGGUGAACGGUAUAGGGAUCCCCUCCCAUCAUCUUUUGUGACAAAUCAAUACGAAAUUAUCGUAUUACAGAUAUUUUCUCUCUCAAAUUUUCAACUUAUCAGACACAAAUAUUUGAGAUAGAGAGAAUUAAAAGUGAAUUUCAUUAAAUUUGUGAAUCCAUCAAUGUACUUAUGUACAAUAUAUUUGUCAUGCUAAAGUACGUGACUCUGUAAGCACCAUAUGGUCGAUUGGAGGUGUAACGUGUGGAUCAAGGCGUCCUCUGAUUUUCAAGAUAACAAUUGAACAAUGGAGGUAAAAGUUCUCCGGAAACCGAUCACAUCCUUUACGUACGGCCCUUACCAGCUCUAAAUUAGUUACGUGCCAAAAACCUCGUAUGUACGAUAAUGAGAGGCAUCAUCACCCACUUAUUAUCACUCUGGUAAUUAAAUUCGUCUCACGUUUCAUGCAAAUUUCUACUGCAAACAAAAUUUAGUUGGUAUGAAAUGUAUGUGUGCUUUGGACAUAAUUCAUCAGUAUAUUUUUUGUGUUGGAGGAAAUCUAAGGAGAGGAAAGUUUGGAGAUUUUUUUCCACGAAAGAAUAUUUUACAAAAUGUCACGGAAUUAUUCCCUUUCGCAUGUUCAUUACCCGCAAAAUGUGGAGAGUUAUGAACCCGUGUAUCCGAGGAGGUCGAUUCCACCAGCGAGUAGAAUUUUACCAGCGGAGGAGAUUGGAAUUGCGAACAUUACGCGAUUCAAGGACAGGUUCAAUGUCAAAUUGGAUGUGCAUUUAUUUCGUCCUAGUGAUAUCAGCGUGAAGACGUUGGACGAUUACGUGAUCGUGGAGGGAAAUCAUUCUUCCGACGGGGAGGAUGUCACGCGGUCAUUUCAGAGGAGGAUUAAACUUCCGGGUGACGCCCUGGUCGAUCACCUUACCUCCGAUAUCGGGUGCGAUGGCUACCUCGUUAUAAAUGUGCCUCUUGCUCCCAAAAAAGCAGAGGGCGACGAGCAGGACGGAAAGUUUUAUAAAGUUACACAUGCGCUCGGAUCGUUUCUACAUUUGCCGAAUUGGUCCCAGUCGUUCCAAGUGGGACAGGAAACUUCCGGCGUUGCUGUGACGAAGGAUAAGUUCACGGUCUCCCUUGGAAUUGGGAACUAUCAACCGGAGCAAAUUUGCGUUAAAACGGUGGACGACGUUGUUAUCAUAGAAGGUUCGGCGGAGGAAGAAAUAUCUCCGACCGAAAGUGGAGGUGGAUCCCGGAGCGGAAGUUUAGUGAAGGCGACCUUCACCCGAAAGUAUGCCCUCCCCCUGAACGCGGAUCGGGACGGGGUGCGUUGCGAGUACCGACAGCGACAAGACGGCACCGAGUCCACGCUUAAAGUGAUUAUUCCACGAAUUUCUGCUGGUGACAGUCAAGCCGUGCAGGAGCAUAAGAUUAACGUCGUCUGAACAUUCUGUAUUAUGCAUUAAUAAAUAGAAAAUUGCUAGUUUAAGCCAAGUACUCAGGACGGAUUUUUCACGCGAGACGGCAGAUUUUGUAUUAAAUUUUUCAUUGGAUUUUUGUUAUAUUAUUUCGUUAGCUAUUUCAACCUUAUUAUUCACUUAAAAUUAAUAAUGGAAAUUACAAAUAUGCAUUAAAUCAUACAACUAAAGAAUAACCUGAAAUGAUGAUUUGACUUAAUAUCGCUGUAAUUUCUUGAAUUUUUCUCGAUUGUUUCUUGAAAUCAAUUGUAAAAUGGUACUUUCUACUUCCCAGGUUUGCUAAAAUGUUUCACGUAUACAUAUAAAACUCCGUCCUGAGUACUAGCCUUAAAUUUAUUUGGUACUUCAAGAAUAAAUUGUAUACAUAAUUUCAUUCGUUCUUUUAUGCACAUCAUUUAUUAUUGAAUUUUAUCUGACAAAAUUACAAU